AUGGUGAAUCUUCCGUGGGAAUUGAUAGAGGAAAUACUUUUUAGAGUCCCAGCCACAUCUCUCAAACGAUUAGGCUCUACUUGCAAACAAUGGAACGCUUUAUGAAAACCAAAGAUCACCAAGAAGCACUUUGGUAAAGCUCCAAAGCAAUCGAUGGUUCUCUUGUUGAAUGAUUUGAGGGUUUAUCCAAUAAACGUCAAUCUCAACGAUACCGGUCCAUCCAUCGAGUUUAAGAGUGCACUUAGCUUUAAGGAUUCAGAUUCUAACUCAGAAGAAAUCGAUAUAACCGGAGUUUUUCAUUGCGAUGGUUUGUUGUUAUGCACUACAGAUGAUAAUAGACUCGUGGUUUGGAACCCGUGUUUGAGAGAAACCAGGUGGAUCAACUUCAAAAAUGUUUACAGAAUAAUCUCUCGCUUUGCAUUAGGAUACCAAAAUAACAAAUCUUUCCGUAGCUACAAAAUCUUAAGGUUUUGGAGAUUUGAUUUGACACCAAGCCUGCUUUCUGGAUCUGAAAUCUAUGAGUUUACCUCUAAUUCAUGGAAGGUUCUUCCUGAUAACCUAGCUCCUAAGCAUUCCAUAUUAUCUGGUAUUGGUGUGUCUUCGAAGGGAAAUACUUACUGGCUUGUUUCUGAUAAAGGAACAGAAUUUAUACUCAGUUUUGAUUUUACAACGGAGAGAUUUAAACAUUUUAGUCUUCCCGCAACUCUUAAUUUUUGUAUGAUGGUCCUAUCAGUUGUUAGAGACGAAGAACUCUCAAUAGUGUCACAUCAUAAGUUUGGUAAACCGGAGAAGGAUAUUUGGAUAGCCAAGAGAAAUGAUAGUGAAGCCGCCUUGUCCUGGAAGAAAUCAUGUACUGUUGAGUUCAAACCCUAUAGUAAUUGUUUUAUCAAUCGGUAUUGCCACAGUUUUGUGAUGGAUGAGGAGAAGAAUGUUGUUGUUGGGUAUUGUUGGUUGUAUGUUCUUGCUUCAGAUGACCUAAACGUUUGUGUCUUCCCCUACUAA